AUGAUAAGGUGGAAUAAACCUGACCUGCAGUCAGAGGAUUAUGUCUUCUACUUCAAAGAUGGUCAUGUUCAGGAAGAGCUCCAGCAUGAACUGUUUAAAGGACAGAAACCUGAGCUUCUCAGCAGCCUCACCCUGAAGGUUGAAAACCCAGAUAAUAAACAGGAAACAGUCAAACGUGGAGAAGAUGCCACUCUGCAGUGCAGCGGUACCAGACGUGCUGCUGUCGUAAUUUUAAGGUGGAGAAAAAAUGACCAGCAGCCAGAGCUUCAAGACACCAACAAGGAGGAGUUUUAUGUUUUUUACAUCAAGCGCAACCGCACUUAUGAAAACUUCCAGCUUCCAUCUUUUAAAGGUCGAGUGCAGCUCAGAGAUCCACAGAUGAAAGAUGGAGACCUCUCUGUGAUUAUCAAAAAUGUCUCCAUGAAUGACGCUGGAAUAUAUGAAUGUUAUGCUGGAUAUGACAAAGAUGACCCUCAGCUUAUGAGCAGCACCAACCUGACAGUUGAAGAAUCAGGUCAGCCAGGAGGACAAAGUGGGGAUGGAGGGAAGAAGAGUGAUUCUGUUGCUCUGAUAGUUGGUCUGUCAGUGCCUGCUGUGCUGUUCAUUGGUCUUGUUGGUUUUCUUAUCUACAAAAAAUGUCUAAAUCAAUCAAAUCCAGAUUAUCAGUCUCCUCCAGCUCAGGGCAUUGGACUGCGUGAAGUGUCUUCAUAACUGAACUGUGAGUCCUGCUGCUGUUCCAGGUUCCCAGCAGCCAGUUCAACAUUCACAGUAACUGAAGGUCAGAGUUCACAGUGAAAAUUAAAUGAUGUGAGAUGGAGUCAAAGUGGAAUUUGGCAGCAACACUAAGAUCUGGUUUUCUUGUGAUUAUCUGAUCUCACUGCUCAUCAUACCAGCAAAUGUUCUCAUUAAUUAAUAAUUAUGAACCCAGAUC